GAUGUCCAUACUUGUCCAAGAAUCUUCAAGAUAUCUUUCGCUCUCGCAACUUGCUCGCAUCGUAUCUCUUAACCCUAUAUGAUGUAUCGUUGAGGCCCCAGCGGCUUACUGUGAAGCAUUUGACGGCCAGUUGUCCGAUCCUGACGCCUUACCUUCCAGUCACAUUCUUUAUUCUCGCUUUUCUGACCGAACAACGCUCACCUCGCAUCGCCAUGUUGCGCACUGCCAGAUAUACUCCGUCCUGUUGGCCGAGCCUUUGGCACAGUGUUACGCGCAGACAUAUACAAACUGGUUCUUUAUUUUAAUCCAUCUACGUUUGUCUUCUUGUUUUCUGACUCCAAUUGUGCUAAUUGAGUCUCUCAAUAAUGGGCUUGAACAGAUAUUAACAGCUUAAAAACAAGAUGCAAACGGAUGUGUAAGAAAUCACUUCACUCUUGCCGGGCGACUAAUACACAUGCCUUUGACUCAGAGGAACACUCGAUUAGGACGUCAUAAACUAAUCAACCCAUAUAUCGGUGUGAGUCCGCGAUACACUUCUUUAACAUUCGAGAGUUGCCUCGUUUGGUGCGAUGGAAGCAGAAGCAUUCGCAGGCAUGGUAAAGAAUCGGACCCUGGCAGCUUCAUCGGUGCGCUUCGAGGAAUUCUCUGUAGCAACAUUGGUGACGAUUAAGGUGUUCGGAUAGCGUUUCUUGCCAAAAGCUCUGGUCGUAUCGAGAAGACUUCGUCGGACGUGAUAUCCACCUGUAACCGCUUCCAUCCGUCAUCAGAGUUGAUUUUGGAGUUACAAGCCGACGGUUGACUGAAUAACCAAAAUUGACAUGUAUCCGGGGAGGAUAUAAGUAUGCUGCCCAUUGGCAUUCCGACUCUCACCAAAGCAUACUCAGUUCCUCUUCCUCUUCUAACCCUUUCUCAAUCAUGUCAGCCUUCCAACUGCCCAAUACUCAGUCUCUUCGUUCAAAGACGUUCAAGUCCACUCACUCCUUACUUGCAGGGGGAAACGUCGCCUUGCCGGAAGUAUACGAUUGGAUUGCAGAGAGUAGUCCCGAGCAUCCCCUGUUCGUGUACCACGACAAUGUUGAAGAUGCCCUUCAUACUAUCACAUGGCGUGAAGCCAAUAGAGGCUUCAACCGUGCGGCGCACUACUUCGCCAAGUGGGUUGACCCUCAGGACAAGCAGGCGGCGGCGGCACCGCCCGUCGUCGCCCUCCUUGCCUCUUCAGAUUCUAUCACGUACUUUUCUUCCAUUGUUGGCAUCCUCCGUGCUGGCUUCACUGCGUUCUUGGUUUCGCCUCGAAAUGGUCCGGAUGCUUUGGCUUACCUCCUUCGCACGACGCAGUCUCGCGUCCUCUUCACGAGUGUCGAGUUCGGAGUCCAGGCUCUCGCUGAGAAGGCCCUUGCCAUUCUCUCAAGCUCUACGAAGGAGGGACCUCUCAUAAUUCCCAAUCACCCAAUGCCAACGUUCGAGGACCUGUAUUCGUUACAAGGAGGUGCCUCUUUAGACAUUUUCCCGAAGAGAAAGCACGAUUUAGAUGCGCCUGCUUGCAUUCUCCAUUCCUCUGGUACAACGGCCUUUCCUAAGCCCAUAACCUGGUCCCACCAUGCUAUGGUUCAGUCUUGCCGCACACCUUAUUACGGUGAGAUCGAUUUCACCGGGCUGACUUUGGGCUGCCAUGGUCUUCCUGUGUACCAUGCCAUGGGCUUGUUACUCCUCAGCUUUGCGUCUUCCUCUGGAGCAAUUGUGUCUGUCUUCAGACCCCAGUCUCCGGCUGUGGUGGCUACACCAGACAACGUGUUCGAGGGUGCAAUCAAGAAGAAGAAUGAUAUACUGUGUGCUGUGCCAUCGUUACUCGAGGAUUGGGCAAAGGACCCGGAGAAGGUCGCGUUUUUGAAGACCUUGAAGGGUACUCUAUAUGGAGGCGGUCCGCUUUCGCAGACUGUGGGUGACUAUCUGGCAGCAGCAGGUGUAACUGUCUUCCAAUGUUACGGCCUGACUGAGACUGGCGGCUUGAAUCUCUUCCUUCCCCACGAAGUUGGCAAGCAUUGGGAUUAUAUUAGACCCAAUCCCCAGGCAAAUGUCGAGUUUGUUUCCCGCGAAGAAGGGAAGUUCGAAUUGGUCACAUUCGCUAAUGAACAAUGGGCUCCGAUGGUCGUCAAUACGGAGUUGAACGGUCGCCCUGCAUACGCCACGAGCGAUUUGUUCAUCCCUCAUCCUACGAAGCCAGGAUAUUGGAAGAUCUUUGCAAGAACUGAUGAACAGAUUAUGCUUUCCACGGGUGAAAAGACAAACCCGGUACCACUAGAGAAGAUUUUGCUCGAGGACCCUCAUGUUCAAGGCGCGAUUAUGUUUGGCCGAGGCAGGCCCCACAACGGAGUCCUGAUUGAGCCGAAGGCAGGGUACAACUUCGAUUCACGAGACCACACGAAGCUAGCACAGUUCAGGAACCUAAUCUGGCCAACUGUAGAGCGCAUGAAUGACUAUGCUCCUCAACAUUCGAGGCUAUUCAAGGAGAUGAUUGUCAUUACCUCUUCCUCUAAGCCGUUUAGUUACACUGCAAAGGGCUCGACGCGUAGAGGAACCGUUCUCAGUGACUAUGAAGAGGAAAUCAAUGCGUGCUACGAUGAAGUCGAGAAAUCUGCCAAUAUAGACACCACCGCUUUGGACAAUCUCGAGCCGGAAUCUAUUCGGGGCUUCAUUCGGCAAGUUGUUACAGAUGUCAUGGAUAAGGAAGUCGCGGAUGACGUCGAUAUUUUCCAAUGCGGAUGCGAUAGUUUGCAAGCUACUUGGAUCCGUAACAAGAUCCUGAUGGCUGUCAAGACCCACGAUUUGAAUGCCUCCAGGAAACUCUCUCCCAACUUCGUAUAUCAAGCUCCAACCAUUGUCGGUCUCACCCAAUUGGUCCUCAACGUCCUCAAAGCCCCUGCCAACGGAGAUGCCGAUCCUACCGCCGCCCGUAUUCGUGAACUCCAGGAUGCAGUCAAGCGAUUGACUCAAUCUUUCCCUGCUCGACCAACAAACCUUCGCGAGCGAUCGGAAGCUGGUGAUGUCAUUCUGCUCACUGGCACCUCUGGUGGAUUGGGAUGCAAUAUGUUGGCUCACAUGACCAAGGACCCUACCGUGCGAAAGGUAUAUGCGUUCAACAGGCCCUCGGACAGGGCUGUGGAGCGUCAAGUGGAUGCGUUCGUCAAGCAAGGUGUGCUGGCGGAUUCCUUGCGACGUCCCAAGUACCAACUUGUGGAAGGGGACUUGAGCAAGCCAUUUUUCGGUCUUGAUGCGGCUCUUUAUGAAGAGAUCAGAGACUCCGUUACACACAUCAUCCAUAAUGCAUGGCCCGUUGACUUCAACCUCAACCUUGUCUCCUUCGAGAAACAUUUGCAAGGGACUCGUAAUCUGGUCGACUUCGCCCUGUCUUCUCCAUUCGUCGAGGCUCCGAGGGUGAUGUUCAUCAGCAGUAUAGGCAUGUUCAGACAUCCAAAGUCCAGAGGUAUCGCUCCUGAGGAACUAGUUGACGAUCCCUCUGUGCCUAUCGGACAAGGAUAUGCGGAAUCCAAGUGGGUUGGCGAACAUAUUCUGGCUGAAGCGACAAAACACACUGGCUUGCCGACCGUCUCUGUCCGGGUUGGUCAGCUCUCGGGAAAUCGUGUUGGCUACUGGAACGAGAGGGAGUGGUUCCCUUCGCUCGUCAAGUCCGGUGUUUUCGUUGGUUGUCUUCCCGACGUCCCAGGAGUCGGGCCUGUCUCUUGGUUGCCCUUGCAUAAUGCUGGAGAGGCUACAGCUCAAAUGCGUCACAGUCCAUACCCCACCCUCCACCUGGUCAACCCAAAGUUGAACCCUUGGCGCACAUUCCUCGAGCCUAUCGCUAACGAAUUAGGUGUACCCCUCGUGCCUUACAACACUUGGUUGUCCAAGUUGGAGGACAGUUUGAAGGACCCCAGUCUGUCUGAAGUGGAGCAUCUCAAGCGCAACCCCGCAUUGCGCCUGCUCGAGAUGUUCAAGCAUGCCGACCUCAGCGAGGACAUUGAGCCUCCUGGUCUCAUCAGGUUGGCCACCGUGAAGUCCACUGAAGUCGCCCCUUCUUUAAAUCACGCUGAUAUGUCUAGAGAGACGGCGAAAGGGUGGGUGGUUGCUUGGAGGGCAUCAGGAUUCUUGCCAGCUACUGCCUGAGAAGGAUGAUCGGACAUUUUUGCCAUAGAUUUUCUACUUAUAGAUUUGCUACCUAGAGGUUCAUUGACAGAACAACUCGUUUGCUGUCCGGCACAAUGAUAAUUGUUGUUGGCUUAUUGUCCUGUCGGAGCUUGGAUUGAUACCUUGCCACGAGUUCCGACACUGAUGAGCUUCCGUCUUCCAAGACGCCGAGAGCCAGGCCAACUUUGAAGGAAGAUUGCUCAAUAAGGCCACUUUAAGAGGCCAUUUCGGAGUCGAUGAAGAGUAAUAUCAUUGAGUCAAUAAAUAUCAUGCAACGAACCACUGUCAGCAUGAGGAGUGGCAGUACAUGUGGUGAACGUCGUCUGCGUCGACGACUACCCGAAGCCUCGAGCCGUUGCAGCCUUCUUUACAUCAGACACCAUCACUUGGACUUGCAGGUCUGUCACGUUUUGUAGGUAAGCAGUUUGACUUAUGAGUGUUCAUGGAUUCCGAGUCGAUCAAUGUGCAGAGAUUUAUAUUGAAGAGAUACGUAGGGAUAUACCCUCCCAGGUCGGCGAUAACCAUGAUGCCUCUCAAGGCGUCGAGUUUUAAAAUAGGUUAGACUUGCAGCUAGUAUAGUCGGCUCGAUGAUCUUAUUGGUCUGCAAGCGAUGAAACUGUAAUAAAUCUUCGUGAAUCCAGGGAAUGCAGGUUUAUAAGACCUUUGUGUGCAAGAUGAAGCCCAGCUCAAGCCAUGCUUACUAUUCUACGUUUGAAAUGACUC